AUGGAAAAAAUUGACAGCCUUGUUGAGCGAGCACGGGACCUCACGCUGCGUCAGAUCAAAGAGCAUCAUGUCGGCAAGCUGCACGAGACGGUAGAUUCUCACAUUCAGAAGAUCUACCAAGCCAUCUGUGCAUCGGAGGCGUCGAAGAAGGACUAUCUCAGCUUGGUUCAAAACGGGUCAGGUCCUAAUGGACAACCGAUUGCGGAAACUCUGGCCUCGCUGGAUACCUUUCGAGCGUUCAUGAAAGAUGCCGCUUCUGGCGCCGAAACACCCAUGAAAGAUCUGGAUGUGUCUGCUCCCAUAUCGGACUAUUUCGUGUCUUCGAGCCAUAACACAUACUUGACGGGCAACCAGCUAUAUAGCGAUGCCGCUGCCAGUGCAUACACGUCUGUUCUUCUUCGCGGAUGCCGCUCCGUUGAAAUUGACGUCUGGGAUGGAGAACCGAAUGAGCCAGACUCCAGCGACAGUGAAUCAAGCAGCGAUAGCAGCAGCGACUUCGAUAAUGGAAAGGGCAAGUUGUCGGUAACCAAGAUCAAAGAGAAGACCAAGUCCAGAACCGAAGCCCUACAGCAAAAGUCCAAAGGACUAUCGAGGUCAGUUUCGACAAGAUUGGCCCGACUCAUCUCCCCCAAGGCCACCGCAAAUGAUGCAAAGGCAACCGACGCUGAAAUCGCUGGAGAGCCCAGAGUCCUCCACGGACAUACGCUGACCAAGGGGACGUCGUUCCGAGAGAUUUGCUACGCUAUCCGUGACAGCGCCUUCGUCACUAGCGAUCUACCGGUGAUUGUCAGCUUUGAAGUGCAUUGUUGCUUAGAGCAGCAGCAAAUCAUGGUCGAUAUCAUGCGAGAUGCCUGGAAAGGGCUUCUGGUUGAAGUUUCGCCUGACUUGGCAGCUGAUAAGCUGCCAAAGUUGGCUGACCUGAAGAGGAAGAUCCUGAUCAAAACCAAAUCUAUGCCCUUGACCACCGCGGAAGCAGGCACUGAAUCACCUGAAGCCACUACCCCAGAAGAGCCCGUCCAGGAACCUGUUCAGCAGCCUGUUCAGCAACCCGCGGCAGCCCAACAGCAAAAGCCGGCAAAACCAAUCAAGGUUCUCGAAGCUCUUGCGAAGAUGGCCAUUUACACCCGAGCAUAUCACUUCAAUCAUUUCGACCAGCCAGAGGCCAAGGUCCCGGGACAUAUCUUCUCACUGUCUGAGAGAGCAUGUCGGGAUGCACACAUCAACCAUCGCGACAGACUUUUUGAGCACAACCGCUCAUCUUUCAUGCGCAUUUAUCCCUUUGCCUUCCGCGUGAACUCAUCAAACCUCGACCCAGCUUUCUGCUGGCGACGAGGAGCUCAACUUGUAGCUCUUAACUGGCAAAACCUGGACAAAGGCAUGAUGCUCAACCAUGGCAUGUUUGCUGGCACGGCUGGUUGGGUACUGAAGCCGGACGGAUAUCGAAGCUCCAAACCUACUGCGGAUCUCAUUCACCGUCGUACCCUGAACUUAGUUUUGGAGGUCUUUGCUGCACAGGAUCUAUCACUGCCGCCUGGUGAACUCAAGGAGAAAGGAUUCAAACCCUACGUGAACUGCCAAUUACAUGUUGAGGAACCGGAUGGGCCGGUCGCUGCUGGUCGCGAUGAUGCUAGCUCUGACUCUGAGAAGAGCAGCUUCCGUCGCUGUACCAAGAGCUCGUCCGGUGUCAAUCCCGAUUUCAAGGGGCAGAAGCUAGUCUUCCCAACCGUGACAGGGGUGGUGGAGGAGCUAAGUUUCGUUCGGUUCAAAAUCAAGGACGAUGAAAUCGUCCGUGACUCGUUGGCUGCGUGGGCUUGCAUUCGACUUGAUCGAUUGCGCGAAGGAUAUCGAUUCGUGCACCUUUACGACUGUACCGGGGAAAAGAAAGGAGGUAUCCUGUUGGUCCGUGUUACGAAGCAGGCUUUGUGA